AUGCACUAUGGCCCAAAUAAUAAACUGAUACCUAUUGUAGAAGAUUACACUAAGUCUAGUUUAUCCUCCAAGAAUGGGACACACGAGAUAUUUGAUUCGGAUGGUAAACAAAGUGUUAACUUUCACGCUCUACAGAAUACUAAGAAAUCACAAAAACAUGUUCGUGUCUCAGACACACCUGUCAAACCGGUUAGCAAUCAAGCUGCUGACUUGAUCAGGUUUGAACAGUCCAAACUACCAUGUCGAGUAAAGCCAGCCUUCGCAUUUGAACAAUAUGAAGCUGAGCCUGAUGAAUAUUUUGAUCCAGCGAGUCAGUUACUGAGCAAGAAAUCAGCUGAGCGAGUAGCGCGACGAUUCAAACACACGGGAAUACUUGAAACACAAGAAGAACGGGUGAUUCAUCUCAUGAUGAAGAUGACGAUCAUUGUGAAGAAAGAUCAACUGGAAGUGAAUCAGAUAUCAAUGAAUCUUCAAAUAUUACUGACAAAGAUUGAAAUUGAUUUACAUGGAUUAAUAAAAAAUCUCCGAUCUCUGUGUACUAGUUCACCGAAGGACAAAGAAUCUGGAAGUGAGGAUGAAGAUAUAAUCAACAACCAAGUACCUCUUCAAUUACCUUUUAGUACGUUUGGUGUUAGUGGGGCUCGAUUAACACAUCUUUUUGCUGAGCUUCGUGAACGAGCUAAUCUUGAUCUCUUUCAAGUACCACAGACUACUAACAAUUUAAAUCCUGUUUCUGGGAGUAGUGGAAGUAAUACCACUAGCAACCCAGCUCAGUCUUCUUUAUUUGAUGCAGAUGCUUUAGCUGAUGAGUUGGAACGACAUGAAAGAAUGCUAAAGGAAUUCGAUGAUUUCUUAUCAGAUUUUCAAAAUAUUGAACCAUUCGGUAUUGUUCGUCCAGCUGUACCAACUGAGGCUGCUAGACAACAGCCUAGUGGCUGUGUUACUGUUGUCGGUAGUAAUAAUGUUACUACUGCUACAGCUCUACUGACAACACGAACACCUCAUCCUGUUAGUGAAAUGUAA